AAAAAGGUUCAAUGAUUUUGCAUUGAAACGAAGAAAUGUGUGGUAUUUAUUCAAAAAUGGACUAAUAACAUUCGUUUGUGGAGUUAUCAUGCUUCUCUGAGAAUGGUCGCUACCAUCUGGGGCUGGAUGUGAUGCCACACCUCCCUCACAGACGUAUAAAUUUUAAGACACUAAUCUUUGCAGAUGUGUGAACUUGCUGAAUAUCUCAGUGCUCUACAACUAUCAUGGGAUUCGUGGACUCGAGUCCUCACAACUGGCGACUUUCCCGGUGUACAGUUCUGUGCCGAACGUGCUGAGAUCUGCAUUAGGAAAUAAAUCGUUGACUGCUUUUGAGCUCUGUUAUCAUUCUUGUUUGAAUUCAAGCAGGAUGAAUAAAGAGUUCAUCGGUUUGCUGCUCAGAUUAUUAGGAAAUGAAUAGGUGUGAAGACGGUUCGACGUCAAUGUUGAAUAUUCCAGCAACGAGUAACCCGACUGCUGAAGCAACCUGGUCCCGUACUUGUGCAUGGCUUGAAAAACAUUAUCCCUAAGGGUUGAAGUGAGUAAAAGUAUAGGUAAAAAAAAAGAACAUGAACAACAAUCUCAUAAGUACUAUAUUUACAUUUACAAAUGUACAAAAUUAAAUCUAUUUGGGGCAACCUGCACCUGCUUAUUUUCACUGCAAUCUUCAGGUUUACUAAAGGGCUGAACUCGGCUGACGUAAAUAGAAUGCGACGCGCAUUCCCCUCCAUUGUGCACGGGGCGCCAUUCUCCUUGAUUGCCUAUAGUGCCAAUAGUAGCACCUAUUUUGGCCGCAAGAUUUUGCCUUCCCAAACGAUGCUCUCCGUCGCCUCGUUGCGCAUGUCGUGUAGGGGGAUGCACCUGUCAGGGGUGUGUCGGGCUCGCCGCAUGCGUUCAGGGCGCCGUCCACGGCACCGUGAACCGGCCGAGGGGGACUGGGUAUGCCAGUGCGGGGAAGUGAAUUAUAAAUCGAAGCGGGAGUGCUUCAAGUGUGGCGCGCCCGCACCGCCGCUGCCACCUGGGGUGCGACCCCCCACGCUGCCAGGGGAGGACCCACACGACUGGGCGUGCCCCUGUGGGCAGAUGAACUUCAGGGGGAAUGUCAUCUGUCACAAGUGCAACCAGCCCAAGCCGGUGCCCCCCCCUCUCCCGGGACAAGAGGUGACGUUGUGGACCUGCCCGGGCUGCAAGUCGGUGAAUCGAAGCACGCGGAAGUACUGCUUCAAGUGCUCCGCACCGUCCCCGCUGUCACAGAUGAGCCCAGUUAGGCCGUGA